AUGCGUGAUUCCAAAGAGGAAGUAGAGCAACUCUGUCUGAAACUACAAGAAUCAACCAAACUCAAACGUAAUGGUAAAUGUAUAAAGUUUACCAAUAAUGCACACAACACCACUAUUGCCAUAGAUUCAUGGAAAUUUCUUGAUUUUGAUUAUGGUAAAGAUAAGGUACAGUUACCCAUUCAAGCUAGAGGUUUAUUCACGACAAACAAUGAUUCAAUAGUAGUACGAGGUUAUGAUAAGUUUUUCAAUGUUGGUGAAAAGAGUUUUACCAAAGAAGAUGAAUUAAAAAAUACAUCGGGUCCUUAUGGUGUCACAUUAAAAGAAAAUGGAUGUAUCAUAUUCAUUAGUGGAUUGCCUACUGGUGAUAUUCUUGUUUGCUCAAAACAUUCAACUGGGUUAAGAGAUGACAAUACAAGAAAUCAUGCACUAGAAGGGGAGGCUCAAUUGCGUCAGCAAUUGGGGAACGAGAGAGUAGAUCAACUAGCUCGUUACUUGUAUGAAAACAACGUAACUGCGGUGACUGAAUUAUGUGAUGAUGAAUUUGAAGAGCAUGUUUUGCCAUAUCCAAAGGAUAAAUCUGGAUUAUACCUACAUGGUUUGAAUUACAACACAAUAAAAUUCCAAACUGUGCCGAUAGGUGAUGUUGUUAAAUUUGCCCAUGAAUGGGGGUUCAAAACUAUCGAGUAUCUUCUGUAUGACAAUGUUGAUAAGCUUUUCGACUUUUUACAUAAGUGCAGUGAGACCGGAACCUACAAUGGACGUGAAGUUGAAGGAUUUGUCAUUCGUUGUAAACGUAAUGGCGAUGAUUUCUUUUUCAAGUAUAAAUUUGAAGAACCAUACUUGUUGUAUCGUCAAUUUCGUGAAGUCACAAGGCAGAUGUUGGGAGGUACUCCUGCUCAUUCAGUAAAGAUUAAGAAAAACAAGUACAUCACUAAGAAAUAUCUUGAAUUUGUUGACAAGUUGUUUACUGAAAAGCCGGAAUUAAAAGAGGAUUUCCAACAAGGUCAUGGAAUUAUCCAUGUUCGUCAAUUGUUCUUGCAAGAUUUACACGAAACAAAUGGUAUGAAUUUACUCUCAAUUGAUGCAAAACUCACAGAAGAGAUGAAGAAUUUGAAAUUAGAGGAUGAAGAUUCUACAAAGUUGUUACUCGUGUCUAUAUCCACCCUAGGUUGCGGAAAAACAACUGUAUUUAACACCUUACACUCAUUGUUUCCCGAUUGGGUCCAUAUCCAGAAUGACAAUGUUUCCAAAAAGGCUAAAUUGAAAAUUACUGAUUUAGCAUUACAAGCUUUAGAUAAUUACCCCGUGGUGAUCUUUGAUAGAAAUAAUUCUGAAUACAGAGAGAGAAAGCAGAUAUUCACUACAAUUGCUGAAAAGAAACAUUUGUACUUGGACGGAAAGAUUGAUAUCAAGUAUAUAGGUAUCAAUUUUAUUCAUGACGUGAAUGAAGAGAAACUUUGGAAGAUUACAUUUGACCGGGUGAAAAAAAGAGGUGAUAAUCAUCAACUGUUGAAAGCAGCGUCAGAUGAGGAGUUGACGACAAAAGUCAUGAAAGGGUUUAUGUCUCGAUUUCAACCAGUGAAUGCCGAACGUCUUCCUGAUUCUCAAUUUGAUCAUGUGAUUAACUUGAAAUUGAAUGAAAAUGACUCUUCAUUGGAAAAUGUAAAGAUAAUCAUUGAUGAAUUGUCAAGGAUUUAUCCUGAAUUAAUAAAGAGUAAACCAACAGAUGAAGAAAUUGAAGCGAGGUUUAGGGAAAGUUUGGAAUAUAAACCAACGUUUACCAAGGACAUGACAUCAUCUAACAAAAAAAAAGAUCCAACGUAUUACGGAAUCUCAAUUCACCAUCAAAACAUAUUAGAUUUGCUCAAUGAACUCAAUGAUAAUGCCGAGUACAGCCGAUUGAAGGAGGAAAGGUUUUUACAAGAGUCAUUUCAUGUGACAUUAGGCCAUAUUGCCAGUGCCAAAGGUACCGAAAAGAAAGCCAAAUGGAAAUGUAUUAAAACUGUUUUAGGCAAAGGUGAAGGUAAAGAAGGUGAAAAGAACGUUCUUGAAUUUCAUGCUAAGGUGAAACUCAUUCAAUUUGUUAUCAACAGAGGUAAAUUAAUUUGUAUCAAAUGUGAGAUCUUAACCAUCCACGACAACAAGAAUAAUCGAUUGGUUGAUAUUGAACCUGUAAAUAGAUAUAUGCAUAUCACCAUUGGUUGUUUCCCACCAACAAAACCAGUUGAUUCAAACACCACUUUGGAAGAGUUGUAUGGAGACGAUCCACAUGAUGUUAAAAAAGAUGGGGUUUAUGAAGUUGACGAAGAUGUUGUCGAGGUGAGAAACUUGACCACACAGGUUGUGUUGGAGAAUCAGAAACUAUUUGCGUAUUAUUAG